AUGAAAAAUGGGUUGCGCGUCUCUGAUCCUGCUGCUCCUUCUCAAUACACUCGUCCCCUCUUUAACUGCGGUGUGGAAAUUGGACGCAAUCUGCUUGUUGUUUCCUUAAAUCAGCAGAAUGGCAUCUGCUUUCUGGAUUUGGCCUCGUAUCGGUGUUGCUCUUGUAAUCUGAUUUAUGCAUUUGUAGGUAAACCUGACAGUGUAUGCAUUUCUCAAGGCGGUCGUUUCCCACCAUUGUCUUCCGAGGGAAAACCUCCAAAACAUCUGAGUAAGGGACCCAAAGAUCUGACCCUUUGCAGAGUGUUCCAAAAAACUUGCUGUGAUGUAGCCCAGACACAGCCUGCACUGGUAUCCGUUAGGAAGUUGGCUUCAUCAGGGGAAGCUGGCCCAGAGUGCUUGCAUUUGUGGGAAUUACUGGAAUGUUCCAUCUGUGAUCCCUGCAUUGGCGUGCAGUCAGGACCUCCAGCUAUAUGUGCCUCUUUCUGUGACAGGGUUUUUGAGGCUUGUGCUGAGGCUUACUACUCGACAGAUGCAAUAACACAGGUUCUAGCACCAUGUGGAGUAAGUGAUUAUGUUUGCGGCAGGGCCUCGGAAUGGAUUCUUAAUGGCACAGAGUUCUGCCAUGCGGCAGGAUUUGCUGUUAAAGAUGAUGCAUCCGUGAGCAACGAAGAAGCAUUUUGCUACUGCGGUAAAGCCAGUCUUGAGCCGACCCCACUUAGUGGGAAAAGGCUUUGUUGUUGUUGUUGUUGUUGGUAA